AUGUCAUCAUCCUCCGAGAGUGGAGUGUCAGACACCAUAGACCCGAUAGCUAUAGUAUCAAAUGACGGGAUCCUUCCAGAGGGCGAGGUUUACACUUCAGAUACUACGAGCAGUGACGACGAUGACUUCCAGCCCUUCGCCUUGCCGGAUUUCAGAGAUGAUUUACCUUUAGCUGAUGGUUUCCAUGAUGGGGAUCUACCUCUCAUUCAGAUCCCUGCUCCUUUUCCGCUGGCGGCAUUUCCUUUGGAGGAUUUUCCUCUUGACGAUAUGUCCGACGAUGACGUCGAUCUCUUCAUCGAGGGUCCCCCUGAGGACGACCAGGAUGGCGGGGCUCCAAUUGAUGAUGAUGUUGCUAUUCCUGUUGAUGAGAUUCCUGUUGUCGAUGUCAUUCUACCUGUCGAGGUUCCUGUUGUGGAGGUUUUAUCUGGCCAGUCUGGUCACAAUUCGUUUAAGUCCGUGUCGUCUUCUACUCUUCAUGCACUAGGAUUACAGCGGUAUCCCUCAGACACUGAUUCUGAUACUGCGAUGUCUGCAGCGCCUGAUUCGCCGCAUGAUUUUGAGUUCGACGAUGAGUUCGACCCUGAUUUUCCGCACGACCAUGAUCCAGACCAUGAGGUCGAGUUUAUCCCCGAGGAGCAGCAUGUCGAGGCACCUGUUUUUCCUGAUGAUCAGCACCUUGAUAUACCCGCUGAUCAUGAGCUUGCUCCGGCUGAUCCAGAGCCUGAGAUUGCACCAGAGCCCAUUCUUGCACUCGACCUUUUACCUGUGCACGACCCUAUUCCUGUUGAUGUUCCAGUCGUUGCACCACCAGUUGUUGAUGUUCCAGCUGUGGCACCUCUGCCUGACCCUAUAACUGUGUUUGUUGACCAUGCACCAUUUGCUACACACGUUGACCCUAGAUAUGCUCACACCCGUAAUGGGUGGAUUGAGGAUGACGACGACUAUCCUCCUUUUGUUCGACCAGUUACUCCCCAUUUUGCACCUGUUCAGGUACCCGUUGAUGUCCCACAGUUUUACCCUCACGUGUCAGACGUUCACCGCAUGGAUUUACCCGUCACUUUCCUUCAGGACAUUCCACUUCCCCGUCCAGGGGAAGGACCUUCUAGUCAGCAGCACGAUCACAUACCACCUGUGUCAUCAGCCUUCCAGUUUAUGCCCCCAUUUGCUACACACGCUGCUUCUUCUUCAGCACCCACAGGCGAGCCAUUUAUGUGGUCUUUGCCCAACGUCAUGCCUUUAUCGGAUCCGUACCAUCCCUUUUACGUUGGGUAUGUUGGAUUUAUAUGUACGGGUUCGAUAAGUCAACGCUGCUGA